CUCACUUCCAAGAACCGCCCUCCCGCCCGCCCAUGAAAACCAGAAAUCAAGCCAAACGACCCCCUCAACCUCAACCAACUACUACUACUGGCAGUCUUGUGAAUACAUCAAACGAGGGUGUUAGCAAGUUUUUGAAUAAGGUUGGAUCACGUGGGUCGAAAAAACGAGAUGGGUACAUUCGUAAAUGCGAUUAUGCUACUAAGGGAAUGGAAAAACAAGUUAACAUCGACAUUGAUGCACGAAAGGUUUUGGGGGUCGAGGGUUCUAGUGGAAAUAACCGAGUAGAGAAUGCAUCUCCUUUGAAACCUGAUGAUGGAAAUCCCCAGCAAGCUAAGUCUGAAUUGGAGGACGAAAUGGCUGAUUCAGAUUGGGAAGAUGGAUCAAAUCCCAAUGUGAAGUACGAAAAUGAUCAUUUAAACAAGGAUAUCACUAUCGAGUUUGAUUCAGCCCCUGGUACUGCUAAGCGAAAGCCUGUACGCCGAGCUUCUGCUGAGGAAAAGGAAGUGGCUGAGCUUGUGCAUAGGACACAUUUACUCUGUUUACUUGGACGGGGACGAUUAAUUGAUAGUGCUUGUGAUGAUUCUCUCAUUCAGGCUUCCAUAAUGUCACUUUUACCAGCAAACUUGCUGGAGCUAUCAGAAGUCACAAAUCUUACAUCAAAAGCUUUGGCUCCUUUAGUCAACUGGUUGCAUGGUAACUUCCGGGUAAGAAGUUCAAGCAUUGAAAGGUCUUUCCAUUCAGCAUUGACAGGGGCUCUUGCAAACCAAGAGGGGACUCCGGAGGAGGUGGCUGCUUUGUCUGUAGCAGCGUUCAGAGCAUUGAAUCUUUCAACACGGUUUGUGUCUAUUUUAGAUGCUGCCUCCUUGAAACCAGACGGCGAUAAAUCUGAUGAUGCGCCUCUAGGAAGAAAGACUGGUAAGGGGUUGUUUGACUCAUCAACAGUCAUGGUGACUCGACCAAAUGAGGCUUCCGUAUCUUCCGGGCAACAAUCUGCACCUGCUGAUGUAAAGAAUAUUACUUUAACGGACCAAAAGAAUGCAUCUGAAGCUUCUGCAAAAGCUUCAUGCCGAAGGAAAAUAAAGAAGUCAGGUCAAAGCAUCUCUCAAGAUCAUCCAAAUGAGAGAAAGGUGGAUUUACCUUCUUCUGAUACAGGCAUUUCUGGAACGUCUGAGGGUUUAAAGAGGAAGGGAGAUAUCGAGUUUGAGUUGCAGAUGGAAAUGGCUCUUGCUGCAACUGCAGCAGGGACUUCUGACGUUAACGUUGAGACUAAUGUUAAUAGUUUGAACAUCACUUCAUCGAGUAUUUCUCCUUUCAAAAAAUUGAAGAAAGUUGAAGGUGAAGAUUCAACAGGAAUUUCUACUGCAGUGGGAUUGAGAAAAAUAGGAGCCCCGAUGUAUUGGGCAGAAGUGUUUUGCAGUGGAGAGAACUCAACGGGAAAAUGGGUUCAUGUUGAUGUUGUGAAUGCAAUCAUCGAUGGAGAACAAAAAGUAGAGGCUGCAGCUGCUGCAUGUAAAACUUCUUUGCGAUAUGUGAUUGCGUUUGCUGGUCGAGGAGCUAAAGAUGUAACUCGCAGGUAUUGUGCAAAAUGGUACAAGAUAGCAUCACAUCGAGUUGAUUCAACUUGGUGGGAUGCAGUAUUGCGGCCAUUGAAAGAGUUAGAGUCUGGAGCAACUGGAGGCAAUAGCAAAUUGUCUGAUAAAUCAAGUGCGAGUGGCGUAAGGGAUAAUAGUAAUAGGAACUCUCUCGAGGAUAUGGAGCUGGAGACCAAAGCAUUAACUGAGCCACUUCCAACUAAUCAACAGGCAUACAGAAGUCAUCAUUUGUAUGCUCUUGAAAGAUGGCUUACAAAGUACCAGAUUCUUCACCCUAAGGGCCCCGUUUUAGGAUUUUGCUCUGGUCACCCCGUUUACCCACGAGCUUGUGUCCAAAUGCUGCACACCAAAGAGAGAUGGCUGCGAGAAGGGCUGCAAUUAAAAGUCAAUGAACUUCCAGUGAAGGUAUUGCAGCGGCCUGUAAAGCUCAACAAAGGGAAACUUCCAGGAGCUGAUGAAGAUGAUGAGAAUGAUUGUGUAGGGCCUGGAGGUACUAUCGAUCUUUAUGGGAAGUGGCAAACAGAACCUUUGUGUUUGCCCAGGGCCGAAAAUGGGAUUGUGCCAAAGAACGAGCGUGGGCAAGUGGAUGUGUGGUCUGAGAAAUGUCUUCCUCCAGGAACCGUGCAUUUGGGGUUUCCAAGAAUCUUUGCUAUUGCUAAGAAGCUGGGGAUUGAUUAUGCGCCUGCCAUGGUUGGUUUUGAAUUCAGAAGUGGCCGGUCUUUUCCUUUAUAUAAUGGCAUUGUGGUGUGUACUGAGUUCAGGGAUACAAUUCUAGAGGCAUAUGCAGAAGAAGAAGAAAGGAGGGGAGCAGAAGAAAGACGGAAGAAUGAAGCACAAGCGUUGUCCAGGUGGUAUCAACUUCUUUCGUCCAUUGUAACACGGCAAAGAUUAAACAAUCGAUAUGCAGAGGGAGUCUCGUCAAAUCCUUUAAAUGAAAUCCAAAAAACGGAUGAUAAAUUUCAUAAUCAUACCAGUACUAUUACUGGGAUGAUAAUACAGAAACCGAUAUCCCAACAAGUAAAUGAAGAUGCUAGUCAACCUGAUACUGUAGCACAAUCAAUUGAAGAGGAUCACGAGCAUGUGUUUAUGACAAAUGAUCAAAGUUUUGAUGUAGGGAGUUCUGUUAGGACAAAGUGGUGUCAUUGUGGGUUUUCAAUUGAAGUGGAAGAGUUGUAGCUCAGGGCAGUCAUCUCGAUUUGCCGAGCAAAAGACAUUGUCUAGCGAAGUUUUUUGCCAUUUGCUGGUUGUAAGCUCGCAAUAUGACGAGGCAUGUAUAAUACAACGUUUUGAGUUUUUAUAGCAUAUAUUUGAAAAUUUCCCGCA